AUGAAUUUCCAAGACAUGAAUCGUUUUCUUGCAUUUUUAACUGUUAUUCUGUUUUCGUCCAUGGUUGUUGCAACACCGAUUCCUAAGUUGAAAAGAGAUUCUGGUGCCGAAGGUGCUGCUGUUGGUUCUCCUGGCGUUAACAGUGGCAAUGUUAUUCAAAUUCCUCUACAAGUACCAAUUAAUCUUUGUGGAAAUAGUAUUGAUAUUGUUGGUCUAUUAAAUGCUGCUUCUGAAGAUUCUAACAAUUAUAGAAAUAUAGAAAAAUAA